CAGGAAAGCAACACGUAACCUCCCAUACAUAACACGGCAACUUCCUCCCCUGCCCGGCAUCAGCCCGCCCGCCUCCUUCCGCCACGCGCAUCGGCCACACACACCAUGGCGUCGACGCCAAGGAGGCCGCCGCCGGAGAGGCCGCCGCCGGCCCUUCCCCCGCCGCAGCUGGAGCCUCCGCCCCCGGACCCGUCGCCAUCGCCGCCGGGCGAGGAGUUCCACACGCCGCCGCCGUCGCUGGGCGAAGCGUCGCCGCGGGAGGAAACCAAUUUGACCAGCGAUGGGAGAGGACCCACCAAGAGCCCGCCGCUCUCGCCCGUGCGCUUCCCCCCGCCGCACCGCUUGCUUCCGCCCGAAUCCCCCACGGGCAACGCGCACGAAGGGGGCGCCACCGCGCAGGCGGCGCCGCAUGGCCGCCCGCAGCUUCGCCUGACGACCGGCCUCGUCCGGACGCCGUCGCAAGGGUCUCUCGCUAGGUCGCCGUCUCCGUCGCCAUCGCCGACGCCGCCGUCGCCGCUUACUCCCGCUCCCACGGCACCCAACUGCAAGAGCGGCCAGAGCACGCCGAAGCGCGCGGAGGCCUGGAAGCCGCCGGCGUCGCCCGUCGCAGCGGCGAUCGCGGUGCAGUUCGACCCUGUGGAGGAGGCCGUGACGUCGCCGCUGCACGUCGGCAAGGCCCGGAUCGACCAGCAGAAGCGCGCAGCCGUCACGUCACCGCUGCGCAUCGGCAAGGCCCGGCUCGACCAGCAGCAGCGCGCGCAGGCGGCGGCAGAGAAUGGGGGCGCCGCUGCCACCGCGGUGCCGCCCGACGUGGCGGCCGUGGCCGCGGUCGGGGAGAGGAGGUUGCUGUCGGUGGCGCUGCGGCUGGCCACGGCGGUGCUCAGCCUGGUUGCCUUCUCGGUGAUGGUCAGCGCCCGCACGUCCGGGUGGGCCGGCGACUACUUCGGCCGCCACGAGCAGUACAGGUACGCUGUCGGAGUGAACGUGAUCGUUUGCGUUUACUCAAUCGCGCAAUCACUCGGUGAAAUCCGCCGCCUGAUCUCGACGAGUUUCAUUUUCCGGAGCAUGGCAAGCUACUACUUCAGCCUGUUCCUGGACCAGGUACUGGCGUAUCUCCUAAUGUCGGCAUCGUCAGCGGCCGCGUCGCGCAACGAUCUGUGGGUGUCGAGGUUCGGCACCGAUCCCUUCAACAAGAAGAUCAGCGUCGCGGUCUGGCUGUCGUUCAUUGGGUUCCUGACGCUCGCUGCAAGCUCCCUCAUCUCCACGGCAAAUCUCUUCAGCAUGGUCUGACAGGGUGAUCACCGUUGCCGAUGUGUAAAUUUUGGAGCACAUAUUGACGCGAAUUAGUCGGAAAUAUACGGCACAUACUCUGUUCUUGGUACUAGGCCAUCGGCACAUCAGGAAUUGCUUUAUGUAAGGGGCAAACAGAAUGUUGAGUUUUUGAUAAUUUGGCAGCUGUGUCUCAAACUAGUCGUUUCUUUGUGCAUGGCUAGCUAUUCGUCGCAUAGUACAACAUGUUGUCGUGUACUAUUGCAGUACUGUUGCAUGUCACUCGGAGUAUGGAACUGUGGACGUCUCGUUAAUAAAAAACAAAGCAUGCCGUAUGGUCAGGGUCAGCUUGACACAA